UCUCCCAAGUGAGCCACGGGCUGGCCCGAUGAGCUGUACUUUUUAAACUGUAUUUAGUCCUCCAAGUAAAUUAUAAACUCCUUAAAAUUAGACACCAAAAUAAAAUCCUUACAUUGACAUUUAUAUCACCUUAUAUUCACUGCUUUGAGUGUAGCAGGCACCAAAUAAGUAGGAACUAUUUGAUUCUCACAGAACUCCAGUGUCUAGGACUUGAACUUGUAUGAAGAGAAGGGGAGGAUGUGCCAUGGCUGUUAAUGGCCACUAGAGGCUCUCAGGGCUGGGCAGGGUAUGGGGGCUGUGUAUAUGUGAUCUCCCACUACCCCCCACCUGGCCAGAGCUAAAAUAAUAAAAUGCUGAGCUCACUGUUCCCCCACCCUCUCCCCCGGCACUGAGCUCCUCCUGCUGCUGGGACCGUGCUCCAGUAGAACAAACAGACAGACCCACUGACAGGGGAGGUGAGAAGGGAGAUAGCUACAAGGACUGGUAGGUUGGGAAGGCAAGGGGCUUGUGGAUGAGAGCCUGGGGGGAGAUGGGAGGAGAAGAAUGGCUCCUGUGAGAAUGAUAUGGAGUGUAUCUCCGUCUCUGUCACUCACUGUUGUUUCUGCCACUGUUUGCCCUAUCCCUUAACUGUGUAUAAUUUACAUUGUCAAUAUAAGUGUCUCACACACUUUCUGGAUCUUUCAUAUUCAGCAUGGUGUGUACGUGUAGCUUGUGUGUAUUUUUCAUAUUGUAAAAGAUUAUGCAUGUUUGAUCUCGGUUUUAAGAGAAACUUUAUUCCCAUUUAGAAGGCAUUUCUCAUCCAGUGUCACCUUCCUAUCCAAAGCCAGGGACAAAUUAUGGGGACUCAGUCCCUUCUCCUGAGGGCUUACCACCCUUCCUCCAACCUGGAAGUCCCCUAGCUUCUCUGAGCCCUUGCUUUCCUUCAGGAUUUAGAAUUUCAGCAAACACAGAAAAUGAAAUGUUGAUCUCCUCCACAGUAAAAGAGGAAAUGAGGAUGGGGUAAGAAAACGGCUCUUUCCCCUUUCCCCCCAGUCUUCCUUGCUUUCUUUAACCAAUUUAGGGGAAAAGGCUGGAUUACGGGGAAGAGAAGAGGAAUUUCCCUGAAGAUCUCUGCCCACCCCUCCCCCUUUCAAUAGGAACUGGGCAUGGGGCCAGCUGUUUUGGCAAGGCUUCCAGCAGCUGUGCUAGGGGGAGAGAUACUGAUGGGUUAGGUUAUAGGGGAGGGGUGCUGCUAGGAUUUCUCUGUCAUACAGUGGGAAGACAAAUCCAGCUUGGAUACCUGGAAUCCCCAGCUAGAGUUACUGGAAGCUGGGGAAGCAGGAAGAAAAUUCUAACUAAACAACUUUUCUUUCCCCCAUCCCAUCCCCAACUAGAUUUCUAACCUCCAAGGCAUCAAGUUCAAUGUUCUGCCCCCUGGCUGGUCUCUUUGUGUCCCUACUGUGUCCAUGUCCAUCUUUCCUUUGUCCAACCACUUUUCUCAUGCUCCUCAGGCUCUGUGAAUUGUACACAGUGGGGAGGGGGUGAGGGCCACCAUGUCAUCAUAUCAGAAGGAACUGGAGAAAUACAGAGACAUAGAUGAAGAUGAGAUCCUGAGGACCUUGAGCCCCGAGGAGCUAGAGCAGCUGGACUGCGAGCUACAGGAGAUGGACCCUGAGAAUAUGCUCCUGCCAGCUGGGCUAAGACAACGUGACCAGACAAAGAAGAACCCAACAGGGCCACUGGACCGAGAGGCUCUUUUGCAGUACCUGGAGCAGCAGGCACUAGAAGUCAAAGAGCGUGAUGACUUGGUGCCCUUCACAGGCGAAAAGAAGGGGAAACCCUAUAUUCAGCCCAAGAGGGAAAUCCCAGCACAGGAGCAGAUCACCCUGGAGCCUGAGCUGGAGGAGGCACUGGCCAAUGCCACAGAUGCUGAAAUGUGUGAUAUUGCAGCAAUUCUGGGCAUGUACACACUGAUGAGCAACAAGCAAUACUACGAUGCUAUCUGCAGUGGAGAAAUCUGCAACACUGAAGGCAUUAGCAGUGUGGUACAGCCUGACAAGUAUAAGCCAGUGCCAGAUGAGCCCCCAAACCCCACAAACAUCGAAGAAAUACUAAAGAGGGUUCGAAGCAAUGAUAAGGAGCUGGAGGAGGUGAACCUCAAUAAUAUACAGGACAUCCCAAUACCCAUGCUAAGUGAGCUGUGUGGGGCAAUGAAGACAAAUACCUACGUCCGGAGCUUCAGUCUGGUGGCCACAAGGAGUGGUGACCCUAUCGCCAAUGCAGUGGCUGACAUGUUGCGUGAGAAUCGUAGUCUCCAGAGCCUGAACAUCGAAUCCAACUUCAUUAGCAGCACAGGGCUCAUGGCUGUGCUGAAGGCAGUUCGGGAAAAUGCCACACUCACUGAGCUCCGUGUAGACAACCAGCGCCAGUGGCCUGGUGAUGCAGUGGAGAUGGAGAUGGCCACCGUGCUAGAGCAGUGUCCCUCCAUCGUCCGCUUUGGCUACCACUUUACACAGCAGGGGCCACGAGCUCGGGCAGCCCAGGCUAUGACCCGGAACAAUGAACUACGUCGCCAGCAAAAGAAGAGAUAACCCUGCCUUUCCCUUUAGCAAUUAGAGCUGGGAGUACUGGAUACUUAAAUCCUCAUCUAUCCCCCUUUCCUGUAAAUAAAGGCCCUUCUGUCCA